AUGGUUUCGUUUUUGGCUGUCCAGAUCGUCCUAUACUUGUUCCAGAGCUAUAUUUUAUUGGGAGAAGUAAGAGGAUUGGCUGAAAAUGGCUUUAUCACUGAGAAAUUCCCUGUAUUUAAUAAUGAAUAUAUGAAAGAUGUCCAACAAGAAAUUAAACAUCUGGGAAUAAAAAUAAGAGGAAAGUGGAAAGUGGUCUGUGAAGGAGAGAAUCUCUCUUUGACAUGUAAUGCUGACGAGGUAAUAAAAAUAAUGGAUGCAGAAUAUGGAAGAAAUGAUGGAACCACCUGCAGUUCAUACCCUAACUUCAAUAACUCACAAUGUUUGAGUCACGAGAAUGCUCUCUAUAGGGUAAAACAGAGAUGCCACAAUAAGCGAAGGUGCAAUAUGAAAUCUUCAAGCGAUGAAUUUGGAGACCCUUGUCCAAAUAUGAUCAAAUAUUUAGAAGUCAAGUAUGUCUGUGAGCCAAGGCGAUCAUCAAUUAGAGAAUCUGCAACUCUCUGUGAGGGUGAGAAUCAACAAAUUAAUUGUCAAAAAGGAACAUCAAUAAUGAUAACUGAUACUUUUUAUGGUAGAAAUGACAGAAUUACCUGUUGCUGCCAUCUCAUGAACGACACCAACUGCAUGGCAACUAAUGCAUUAGAUUUAAUAAGUGCAAGGUGUGAUUAUAAAGAAAGCUGUACUCUGGAAGCAGUAAACCAAGUUUUUGGAGAUCCUUGUAUUGGCACAAUAAAAUACCUUGAAGUCAAUUAUCUAUGCCUUCCAGAUAAAGUUCACCAUGUAAGGAAUUGUGAAGGUACUGAAAUAAAAAUAGGUUGCGAGAAAAGUUUAUUCAUUGAUGUUAUUGAUGCACAUUAUGGCAGAGCACAUCCAUUUGUAUGCCUCAAUGACACAACACCUUUUUUAAAACUAGGCUGUGGCAGCAAAGACAUAACAAGUUCAGUGAAAGAGAGAUGUCAAGGUAAAAGUUGGUGUGCAUUUCCUGCUUCAAAUGAAAUUUUUGGUGAUCCCUGUUUUGGUUAUACAAAACAUUUGGAUGUUGAGUAUAGCUGUAAUGGU